AUGUCUAAUAUCGCAAAGGAUUAUCUACCCAUAGUCCAUUUAAUAGUUUAUUCAAAUAAAAAUGGUUUAUCGAGUGAAUCCUCAAAAUUUAUUUCAUCUUUAUUUAAAUCUUCAAUUAAUAACAAAAGCUUGUCUGGUUCAUUGGCUUUACCACGUUCUUUAAGGUCUUUGAAAUUCCUAAAAUCUUUAAAAUCGUUAUCAAUUGAUAGUUUAUCCUUACUCUUAUUUAAAUUACUAAUCUCAAUUAAAUCUAUCAAUUGCUCAUUUUCUUAUUAUUUCUCAAAUUACCCAGUUUUAACUGAAUCAAUAACUGCUGCUAGUUUAAUCGCGUUAAAUGAAAUAGUAGCAAGAUUAAUAUUAUCACAUUACCCUUUUAAUACAAUUAAUAGCUAUGAUUUUGAAUUGGAAUCAAGAAAUAGUUCUUCCUCUCAUUCUCCUCAAAAUUCAAAUUCAAAUACAAAUACAAACUCGGAUUUAAAAUAUCUCAAUGACUCAAAUAACACUCAGAAUGAUACUAAUGAUACUAAUGAUACUAAUGAUACUAAUGAUACUACUCAUAAUAAAAACCGUUCUAGAUCGUUACCAAAAUCAAGAUCAAGAUCCAAAUCAAGAUCAAACCCUCAUUUAAAAUCUCAUUUCAAUUAUAAUUCUAAAAUCAAACUGAAAAUGAAACUGAAAUUGAAAUUAAGAAAUUUUAUUUUAUCAUUAAUUUCAUCAUUAAAAUCUUUUAAUAAUUUCAAUCAAAAUUUAUUAUCAAAAAUUUAUUCAAAAUUGAAAAUUAUUUUAAAAAAACUAAAUAAUAAAGUUAUUUUGUUAUCAAUUUUUGGAUUCUGCAUUAAUGCUCCAAUGAAUCAUUAUCAUUAUAAUUAUAUAAAUGAAAAAUUUAAAAGACCUUUGGAUUUUAAGAAAAAAUUGGCUCAGAUUUUAAUAACAGUCUUUGGGUUUUCUCCUUUAAUAAAUUCUUUAUUUCUAGCUUAUUUAGCUAUAAUUAAUUUUAGCACUUUAGAAAAUAUCAACACAGAUAAGCCAAAUAGCUCAAACAAUACAAAUGAUACAAAUGGUACAAAUGGUACAAACAGUAUCAAGAAAAAGAGAAAUGUUGGUAGUUUACUUUUGAUAUCUAUUUUUAAAAAUAUAAAAGCCAAUUUGAUACCAGUAUUAAGAACAUCAUGGAUAGUCUCGCCUAUUUCAAUGUUGUUUGCUCAACAUUUCUUACACCCUAAAUACUGGGUUAUUUUUUUCAAUUUUAUUUAUUUUACUUUAGGAACAAUUCAAAAUACAUCGUUAAAGAUUAAAUUACAAAGCUUUUAUUUUGAAAACGAGAAAAAAAAGCGAGAUGAGGAGUAUGCCAAUAGAGCAUUGCAAACUGAAUUUGACCGUAUUUUCCAAGAGAUUCAAAGGCAGAAUGGGUUAAAUAAAAUUGAUAAGAGUCAGCAUGAUAAGAUUCAGCAUGAUAAGAUUCAGCAUGAUAAGAUUCAGCAUGAUAAUAAUGAUAAUCAAUAUGAUAAUGGCGAUCUAAACAAUGAACAAGAUCGAAAAUUGAUUCAAAACGAGAUAUCAAAUGGUAUUUCAAAUGUCAUUUCAAAUGAUGUUUCAAAUGACGUUUCAAAUGAAGCGACUAAUGGAGCUUCCAACGACAUUUCUAAUGGAAUCUCUAAUGGAAUCUCUAAUGAGAUGACUGAAGAUGUUUCUAACGAAAUUUCUAACAACAUAUCUAACAAUACUUCUAAUAAUAAUGUCUCCGACGAAAUGUUUAAUGAAAGUGAGAACCAGGAUAGAAGUAUCAGUUAUCUUCAAGAAAAUUCAAAUAGAAACAUAAUGGAGGCAAUCAAUGCUAUAAACGCUAUAAAUGAAAUGAGUUACUUGACUGAUUUGAAUGAUUAUGUGAACAAGCCAAGUAAAAAUAAAAAUCAAAAAAGUAAUCAAAAAAGUAAUCAAAAAUCUAGCCAAGCUGUUAAUACUAAUAAUAGCAAUAAAAGCAAUAAAAGCAAUGGUGAUAAUUUAAAUAGAAAUGAUUUGAGCACAAUUCUUUAUAAAAAAGAGCAACAAGAGUUAUUGCAAAAACAAGAAUUGAUGAGUCUUAAUCCAAGUUACUCGCCAUCUUAUUAUAACAGUGGAUCGCCUGGAAGUAACUUGGCUGUGAGCAAUGUGAGUACUAGGAAUUAUACUCCAGUUAGAUAUGGCAGCUUAACGAAUGCAGGAGGAAAUGUUAGUUUAUCACCCAUAAAGUCAAUACAUUCAAACAGAUCAUCAAAGUAUCCCAUGAGACAAGCAUCUAAUGCGAAGAACUAUGCUGGAAUGGGAGCAUUGUUGGUCAAUUCUGAAAGCAAGAACUAUUUGAGUCCCAACAGUAAUAUUGGCAUUAGUGGCAGCAAUAUUAAGACUGGCAGUGGUAAUCACAGUAAUGAAAGAUCAAUUAGCCAAUCCAGCAAUAUCAGCAACAGCCGAAGAAACAUUUUGAAUCCGGUGACCAACGAUGUUCUAGAUCUCGAAAGGGUGCAGUCGAUCGAAAGAAGCUAUUUGGAGGAAUUUGAACAAUGGAAAAAGUCACAGAGUAGCAACAGGCCGCAGAAACCUAAAAUGGAGGCGCAGGGAAGUUUCAGCCUUAUUGAUGAUCCGUUUAAUAGCGUCGCCUCAAGGGUGGAACGAUCGUUGAGAAAGAGCUUUGGCAAUGAGGGCAACGAGGGCAAUGAGAGAGAGCUUUCCGACUCAGUCACUAAGUCCUACUUGAACAGCUUGGAGCAGAAGUAUGGCAGUGCCAGCUACGCUGUGGGCAACAGUGAACAAGCUGCUGUGGCCGGAGCGGAAAGCAAUGCAAUGUUUGGGAACAGUGUGGUUGAUUUGAAAAAGGCCAGUUCUGAUUCCACGGAGAUUUCGUCGAUAGUGUACAGUUCUGAGUAA